AUGGAAAACAUAAAGGAAGCGGAAAUAACCCCAAGGGGUGUGUUGGAAGGAGGACACAGCGACUGGGUCACUUCUGUUUCAACGCCCACUGACGCAAAGUUAAAAACCAUCGUGAGUGCGUCCAGAGACAAGAAGCUAAUCGUGUGGAACAUCAACCCCGAUGACGACUCAGGCGAAAUAGGAACCGCAAAGAAAUCCCUGACGGGUCACUCGCAAGCCAUCAAUGAUGUGUCUAUUUCCUCGGACGGGUUGUUUGCGCUGUCCGGAUCAUGGGACCACUCAGUUCGAUUAUGGGAUUUGUCUUGCGGAGAAACGAUAAGGUCUUUCAUUGGACACACUUCUGAUGUUUUUAGUGUCUCCUUCAGUCCUGAUAACAGGCAAAUCGUUUCCGCCAGCAGAGAUAAAACAAUUAAACUUUGGAACACCUUAGCUCAGUGUAAGUACACCAUAACGGAAGAGCAGCAUACCGACUGGAUUACGUGUGUGAGAUUUUCUCCUUCACCAAAACAAGCCAUUAUUGUUUCCUGUGGAUGGGAUAAGUUAGUCAAAGUAUGGAAUUUAAAAAAUUGUGAUUUGAAUAAAAACUUGGAAGCACACACCGGUGUGCUAAACACAGUCACUAUUUCUCCAGAUGGCUCAUUAUGUGCAUCCGGAGGAAAGGACGGAGUAGCAAAAUUGUGGGAUGUGAACGAAGGAAAGCAUUUGUACUCUCUAGAAACUGGCUGUACAAUAAACUCACUUUGUUUCUCUCCAUGUGACUAUUGGCUAUGUGCAGCAACGGACAGAUUUAUAAGAAUAUGGAACUUGGAAAGUAAGCUAAUCAUUUCGGAAAUAUACCCAGUGAAACAAUCCAAAGUUGGAUUACCCUGGUGUACUUCCAUCACUUGGUCGGCAAAUGGCCAACUCUUAUUUUGUGGUUCCACGGAUGGAAAUAUUUAUGUUUAUGAAGUGAAGAAACAAUCCAUUUAG